AUAUUAUUAUUGGAAACAGCGUCGCCGCACCGUCCUUACUGUACAUUUAGCGUCCGAUAGCAAUUUUCGUCGGACGUCCGUCCGAAACAAUACAGUAUCGAAUAACCGGCGAUCGUCAACCGCUUCGAAAAAAGUGAAAUAUUCCUAAAACGUUACGAAAUGAAAACUACUACGACAUGGUUGGUUUUUACAUUAUUCGUCGAGUACUCGUUUUCGGCCAGGGACUUGGAAAGCACGCUAAAUCAUUGUUGCAACACAGGAAAAACAUGGAGCAUGGAAAAAAAAUCUUGCAAUAUCACUCUGUCGUUUCCUUUGUUCGAAGUCAACGUCGAACACAAUACGAUGUGUCUGACCACAGUCGGGGCGUGUUGUUUGCAAUCGUUGAGAGAAAUACGAUGUAACGAGGGAAAACAAGUUGGGCUAAAAAAUGGAGUUUGUAGCGAAAAAACACAAAAUGGAAAAAAUCAAGUUGAUUUUAUGAUAUGCUGUGAAAUAUGUAAAAUCGGUUUUGCUGUUGGUUCAACGAAAACGAUAUGUCAAUCAACGCCAUUAUUUCACGAUCAUCAAUGGGGCGAAGUGUAUCAAUCAUGCUGUAGCGUAGCUUCUACAAAAGUAAAAUCAAUUUCGACCGAAACUAAAAAAUACUAUAUGACAGCUGCUGACAUAAAUCCUUGUACUGAUGGAACACACAAUUGUACGUCCAGUGAAACAUGUAUAAGCACACCAAAUGGAUUUGAAUGUCAACCAUACCAACAACCAUCAAUGUUGUCAAUGGUUCCUGAAAAAUUAAUUAUGUAUGAUAAAAAACAAAUAUGUGAACCUGGAUUCGCUUAUAAUGUGUAUGAACAAAGAUGUAAAGAUAUAGAUGAAUGUUCUCAACGACCCUGUGAUAUAAAUGAAGUCUGCAUAAAUUCACCGGGAAGCUAUAAAUGUCGUUGUAAAAGUGGUUAUCAAUUGGAUAAAGUAACAAAUGCGUGCACAGAUAUAAACGAAUGUCAGUUGAACUUACACACAUGUCAAGAAUCUCAGCGAUGUGACAACACAGCCGGUUCAUUUCAAUGUAUCCGUUUCACUGGAUGCGGAACAGGGUAUACGCUAGACGUGGAAUCCGCUACAUGCAUAGAUGACGACGAAUGUGCACUGAAGACGGAUACCUGUGGUGUUUUAGGUCCCGACUGGAUCUGCAGAAAUACUCAAGGUUCGUUUCGGUGUGAUAAGAAACGUUGCGCGGGCCCGAAUUGCCGUGUACUUCAAAGAAAUUACAACAAUACGAAUCAGAUCAAUCGAAAUAGCGCUAAAUGUCUUCGUGGUUAUGAAAUGGAUCAAAACAAUAAGUGCAUGGAUAUAAACGAAUGCAGAUUGGCAAAUCGGUGUAUGCCAAAUGAAGUAUGUAUCAACACGAAUGGAAGUUACUACUGUUUGCCCAGGUCAAAAAAUUCUCUGCGAUGAAUUUAAAAUAAAAUAAUACAUGUUAUAUAUAAUUUAUGUAUACAUACGA